GGAUGAAACGUAAAGUUUCCAGCUUGUGAAACUCCUGACAUAAUGAAUGGGGCAGCGUACUCAAACUUUGACAAUCAGGAGCACAUCCUGAAACUGGGAGAGACGUUUGAGAAACACCCUAAAAGCGCUUACCACACUGUACGAUAUGAUUUUAAACCAGCAUCCAUUGAUACAGCAUGUGAAGGGGAACUAGAAGUGGGAAAAGGAGAGCAAGUCACCAUUACUUUACCUAAUUUAGAGGGCCGAGGGCAGCAGUAAAAUCCAGUCUCGUCUGGAGCAACAAACCAGUCGGCUGAGCCAGCAGAUGAAGAGUAGCAGCAGCACUAACAAGACCUCCUCCAGCUCCAAGAGCUCCCCUCCCAAAGAGAAAACCUCUCCGCCCUCACCCAUGGAUGACAUCGAGAGAG